UCAGCGCAUUUAAUUUUUAAUGUUAAAACGAAUUAGUUUGAAAGAAAUUUUUGAGCCUACUUAAUUAACAGCUGCCUUGAUAUAAAUUAAAGAUUCAAAAUCAAUGUUGUCCUUAUAAACCAACGUCAAACACACAUUGCCCGAAAUGCAUUUUUCAUUGCUUCAUGGCACAUAAGUAUUUGCGCAGAUGCAACUGUCUUCGUCUGUCCUAUAUUUCGAAAGCGUGACUCGAGACCCGGCCGCGAUCAGAGUCGCAUAUUAUAUAGUCAGACCCUAAGCAGUUGGCAUAUCGACUGCGGAGUUUCCCGGCAUGGAUUAUAUUCGAAUAUUGCAACUUACAGCUUAAUCUGUGUAUUACUGGCUUUCGAUGUUCAUUAAUGACCUACAUCAAUGAUACAACAACGCGCGUCUCGAGCAUUAAUCUAGGCGGAGCUUUACUCAGAAAAGCUCAGCUUUUUUAGUAUAUUCAUUACCGUGUUGUUGAUAAUUGGUCACGGUAUUUAGCUAAAGUCGAGUGCUUCAGGAUGGUUAAGUUUCUAGAGGUUAUCAAGCCCUUUUGCAGUAUUCUGCCGGAAAUAACAAAACCUCAGCGGAAAAUUCAAUUCAGAGAAAAAGUUUUAUGGACCGCUAUCACUCUUCUCAUCUUCUUAGUAUGCUGUCAGAUUCCAUUGUUUGGCAUCAUGUCAUCAGACAGUGCCGAUCCAUUUUAUUGGAUACGAGUCAUAUUGGCAUCGAACAGAGGCACGUUGAUGGAACUUGGUAUAUCACCAAUAGUUACAUCUGGCCUGAUCAUGCAACUAUUAGCUGGAGUGAAAAUUAUUGAAGUAGGCGAUACAGCCAAAGAUCGAGCAUUAUUCAAUGGAGCUCAAAAGUUGUUUGGUAUGGUAAUUACUGUUGGACAAGCUAUUGUUUAUGUCAUGACGGGCAUGUAUGGUGAUCCUUCCGAAAUGGGAGCUGGAGUUUGUUUAUUAAUCAUUAUUCAGUUAUUUGUUGCUGGGUUAAUCGUUUUAUUAUUGGACGAAUUAUUACAAAAAGGAUAUGGCUUAGGAAGUGCUAUUUCACUUUUUAUUGCUACUAAUAUUUGUGAAACUAUUGUAUGGAAAGCUUUUUCUCCAGCCACUGUAAACACUGGGCGUGGUACAGAAUUUGAAGGGGCUGUUAUUGCUCUAUUUCAUUUGCUCGCUACCAGACAGGAUAAAGUUCGAGCACUACGAGAGGCUUUCUAUCGACAGAAUCUACCAAACCUAAUGAACUUAUUAGCUACUGUCUUAGUAUUUGCUAUAGUUAUUUACUUUCAGGGCUUUAGAGUUGAUCUUCCCAUUAAAUCAGCCAGAUAUAGAGGACAACAGAGCAGCUAUCCAAUCAAACUCUUCUACACUAGCAAUAUUCCAAUUAUAUUGCAAUCAGCUUUAGUUUCAAACUUAUAUGUUAUAUCACAAAUGCUGUCAGUCAAGUUUCAUGGAAACAUCUUUGUUAAUAUACUCGGAGUAUGGUCUGAUGUCAGUGGAGGUGGUCCUGCUCGAUCUAAUCCUGUUGGUGGUCUGUGCUAUUACCUGUCUCCACCUGAAACUAUAGGACAUGUUGUUGAAGACCCAGUUCAUGCUGUAUUGUAUAUUCUUUUCAUGUUGGGAUCUUGUGCAUUCUUUUCAAAAAGUUGGAUCGAAAUAUCCGGAAGUUCUGCUAAGGAUGUCGCAAAACAGUUAAAAGAUUCACAGAUGGUAAUGCAAGGACAUCGUGAAAAAUCACUCAUCCACGAAUUAAAUCGUUAUAUUCCAACGGCUGCGGCUUUUGGAGGUCUUUGUAUUGGCGCAUUGUCAGUUUUGGCAGACUUUUUAGGCGCUAUUGGAUCUGGUACUGGAAUAUUACUUGCUGUUACCAUAAUUUAUCAGUACUUCGAGAUUUUUGUGAAAGAACAAAGUGAAAUGGGUGGCAUGAGUACAUUACUCUUCUAAUCGCUCAUUGUCAUAAUAAAACUGAAUCAGUGAAGUUUUUUUUUCAAAUUUGUGAAAUAUGAAAUCAUUAGUGUUUUAAUGUAGCUGUGCAAAUAUGUUGUUGUUCAAACACAGAUCGUGAUAUUUUUCACAAAUUUUUCUGUGUUGCUUUAAUUAGAAUUGUAAAUUUAAUUUAAUUUAAUUUAUUGAAUUAACUAGUCGUUUUAUUGUAGUUUAGUAUAGUAGUGUAUAUUUUUAUGCAUAUAUAGAAUAUUAGUCAAUUUUUUGUUAUUGUAUGUUGUCAAAAUUUAUUAUUUGUUAAAUUUUGUAAUUUUGUUGUCUCAUAAAACUCUUUGAACAUAAAUCUUUUUUCAACUGAC